AUGCAUCUGUCGCUUGGAUCUUCAGCAAACCGCCGACUCGUUCCUCCGCAGAUGCGUACGCCGAUCGCCUCUGCGGCCGUAACGGUGAAUGUCAUGCACGGUGCUGGCGUCUGGGGGACGACGUCUGCGGCCGGCGGUCCUUGGACUAAUGUAAGGACGAGGUUGACCGUUGUGUAUGCUUUAGUCUCGACAUCUCAGGCGACUGCUGCGACGUCCACAAGUGAGAAGGCGUCGGAUUGGACGACCGAGUCUACAAGGCAGUCAGUGCCAUCGGCAACCCUAUCGACAACGACAACCUCACCGACCACUGACUUGGUAACUAGAGAAGGAGACAAGACUGUUGAAGGUGAUGGAAGCAAACUAAAAGUAGGAGAAAUUGUCGGUAUUGUCGUUGGUAUUCUUGGCCUCAUCGCCACGGCUUUGGGGUCAUGGUCUUCAUGCAAGACUCUCAAGCAAAGAAAACAUCUGGCUGCAAAUGCACAUAAAGCACCCAACUAUUUAAAGCUUUGUUCCUGA